CGGGCGUGUGCGGCCCGGCGCACUGGGGCUGCGCGCUGGGCGGCCGGGGAUGCGGCCCGGACGAGUACGAGAGGCGCUACAGCGGCGCCUUCCCGCCGCAGCUGCGGGCCCAGAUGCGCGACCUGGCGCGGGGCAUGUUCGUCUUCGGCUACGACAACUACAUGGCGCACGCCUUCCCCCAGGACGAGCUCAACCCCAUCCACUGCCGCGGCCGGGGGCCGGACCGCGGGGACCCGUGAGUAGCCCGCGCCCGCGACGCCUUCCACCCCGGGGACGCCGGCGCCGUUCAAAUCUGAACAUCAAUGACGUACUAGGGAACUAUUCAUUGACUCUUGUUGAUGCAUUGGAUACACUGGCAAUAAUGGGAAAUUCAUCUGAGUUCCAGAAAGCAGUCAAGUUAGUGAUCAACACGGUUUCAUUUGACAAAGAUUCUACUGUUCAAGUCUUUGAGGCUACAAUAAGGGUUCUGGGAAGCCUCCUUUCUGCCCACAGAAUAAUAACUGACUCUAAGCAGCCCUUUGGUGACAUGACAAUCAAGGACUAUGAUAAUGAAUUGCUGCACAUGGCUCAUGACCUGGCUGUGCGGCUCCUCCCUGCUUUUGAGAACACGAAAACAGGGAUCCCCUAUCCUCGGGUGAAUCUAAAGACAGGCGUUCCUCCUGACAGCAAUAAUGAGACCUGCACCGCAGGAGCUGGUUCUCUCUUGGUGGAAUUUGGGAUUCUGAGCCGACUGCUGGGGGACCCCACCUUUGAAUGGGUGGCCAGACGAGCAGUGAAAGCCCUCUGGAACCUUCGGAGCAAUGACACAGGAUUAUUAGGCAAUGUUGUGAAUAUCCAGACGGGCCAUUGGGUUGGAAAACAGAGUGGCUUGGGUGCUGGGCUGGACUCCUUCUAUGAAUACCUUUUAAAAUCUUACAUUCUCUUUGGAGAAAAAGAAGACCUAGAAAUGUUCAAUGCUGCAUAUCAGAGCAUUCAGAACUACUUAAGAAGAGGGCGGGAAGCCUGUAAUGAAGGAGAAGGAGACCCCCCACUCUAUGUCAACGUGAACAUGUUCAGUGGGCAGCUCAUGAAUACUUGGAUCGACUCUCUGCAGGCAUUCUUCCCCGGACUGCAGGUUCUGAUAGGAGAUGUGGAAGAUGCUAUCUGCCUCCAUGCCUUCUACUACGCCAUAUGGAAACGCUAUGGGGCCCUUCCUGAGAGGUAUAACUGGCAGCUACAGGCCCCUGACGUUCUCUUCUACCCACUGAGACCAGAAUUAGUGGAAUCUACAUAUCUCCUCUACCAGGCCACCAAGAAUCCCUUCUACCUUCAUGUAGGGAUGGAUAUUCUGCAGAGUCUCGAGAAAUACACAAAAGUCAGAUGUGGAUACGCCACGUUGCAUCAUGUCAUAGACAAGUCCAAAGAAGAUAGGAUGGAGAGCUUCUUUCUCAGUGAGACGUGUAAAUACUUAUAUCUGCUGUUUGAUGAGGAGAAUCCAGUACACAAAUCUGGAACGAGAUACAUGUUUACAACGGAGGGCCAUAUUAUAUCUGUGGACAAACAUCUUCGGGAAUCACCUUGGAAGGAAUUCUUCUCUGAAGAUGAAGGGCAGGAGCAGCAAGGAAAGUUUGUGCACAGGCCAAAAUCUCAUGAGUUGAAAGUCAUUAAUUCCAGCUCCAAUUGCAAUCGUGUUCCUGAUGAGAGGAGAUACUCCCUGCCCUUAAAGAGCAUCUACAUGCGACAGAUUGACCAGAUGGUUGGAUUGGUUUGAUCUGCUCUUCUCUGUCGGGACUUGUCAUAAACCAAAUAUAACUGAAGCCAGACCUCGCAAAAAUCGCGUCUGAAGUGAAAGAGGCAGAAGUCUGGCCAUCCACGAUGAUGCAGAAAUUUCUGCCUAGCUCCUCACCCACAUCUAGUUAAUUCUUGCAUAUUUUGCUGUUUUCUUUCUGUUCAAUAAAAUGCCCUAUUUUUCUUAAGGAUAUAAUUUGAAAUGAGAAGGUACAUGGAAAUUGGCUUCUUCUGACAUGCUUGUGUUAUUGAGCACAAGAUAUAGGGCAUCUUCAGAUUGACUAUUCCCAGCUUUCUAUUUAGAAUCCAAGUCUCUUCACUUUGCCAGCACUUGGCCCUCCUGCUCUAUUGCUACCUCUUUGUUAAAGGUUGGGGAAUGGAAUUUCUGUGCAAAGGGCCUGAGGUUCACUUGGUGUCCUUACUUUUUGCAAUGAAAAUGUCAUGUUUUCUCUUUUAUUGGAUCAUUGGGCUCUUUGCCAGAUAUCCAACUGUGAUUUUUAGAUCACGUGAGAGGCAGGAAAUCAUUGAUUCUUUCAUUUAUAUCUGAAGCAGUCUUCACAGUGUUACAUAUUAUUUGCUUUGGAAUAAUAGUCCAACCAGAAUUCUGACAGGCACUCUUAAGUUGUUAUGUCAUACUAUGAGAGGUUAUGUAACAGAUCUUUUGGAUGAUAUUUUGUUUAUUUUGAACGUGAACUUACCUGAGGAGCUCCCAGUUUCAGAACCAGGUGCCUUUUAGGGAAAGAAAAGAAAAAAAUCGCUAACAAAGAUUUCCUAACCAAGUAUUCUAAAUGCUAACCAUCUUCGGGUUGGUUAGAGUACUGUUUUGUUUUGGUCACUUGUGUCUAGUGCCAAUUAGCUAAUCAGGGAGAAAGAAAUGAUCAGAUGACUUUCUGAUAUCCUUGAGCCAUGUCUCUGUGUAAUACAGGCUUUAGAUUAGUGCCUUAUGGGUUUUGAUUUAGGCCAUUAGCUGUCACAGCCACUGCUGUGUUUGUGGCUGUUUUGUUGUGUACUGCCAUAUAAUGGGACCAGCAGGGAGGCGGGUGGUGUGGGUGUUAGUGUGAGAGAUUCUGGAAACUGCUUGAUUGGUCUUUGCCCUUCGGUUUAUUAUUUUAGCCAAGCCUAUAGGAGGAAGUUGCGCUAAGACACUUCCUUUCCUUUUUGUUGGUAGGUAGUCCAGUGGCAAGGGUAGAAGCCUCUUAAAAACUUUGAGCCUCGUGUAUUGUGUUUCUCACUUAUCAAUGUUUGCACACUUCAAAUGAUUUCAUUAGUUUUUUAAGAACUAGAAAUAAGUUCUAUGUGUAACUCACCACAUUUUCAGUUAAAAGGGAAAAAUUGUAUUCCUUCUUGAAAAUUUAAGGAUAACUCUUGAAAAUAGAUGUGUCAUUCAGUUAUUUGCAAUUUUUAAAAAGGGAAUUUUCAGUAGUAAACAUAUCACCUAUUGUUGAAACAUUUACUAAUCAAUUUAAAGGAAAAAAAAUGAAAUGCUUCCAUUUUUACUUCUUCAUUUUAGAAGUGCCAUUCUAUCAAUAGUCUCAUCUACUGAACAACUGAAAAUUUGUUUGAGAAUGCUAUUUUGAAUGUCUUCAUUAACUCAGUAAAAAUGUUGAACGCACGUGUGCACGCGCACACACCUGUACACACACGUGCGCCACGCACCUGUACUUUUCUCCAGGCAAGUUGAGGUGGGACUAUGAAUGACCGGCCCACCUGGGAGAACUGGGCCUAUCAGGGAAAGAAGUGAAGUCCACCACCUCUGAACUCGUUCACCCUCCUGUCUCCCGUGCCUCUGGCUGCAGCCAUGUGUAAGCACUCCAACAUCACUCUUCUCACCUGGGCUUUUUACCUGUCACUCUCCAGCGUGCUUGAGCAUUUCUGCUUGUUCACACUUUUGGAAUGGAGAGCUAUGCUUGGCAGCACCGUUGUGCCUUGAGUGACGCAGGUUUCUUAGGGGAUAGGCUGAUGUGAAACAGUUUUAUAUGAAGUCUAAAACCCUGUUGACUUCUGGGUACUGGCCUUAUUACCAGUUGGUGAGACUGAGGGUGAGUGAAUUACUAUCUAUUAAUACUGGUUAUUGACCUUGUAGGCUACCCAGGCUCAAGGCUGAUUACAGAGUCACUGAUUUGUGGGACUAGCUGUCAGAAUGCUGUCUAGUACAGCCAUGAAAAGAACGUUCUUCAAGCCAAGUUCAUAGCUUACUGUUUUCCUUUGAAAAGUCAGAAUGACACAGCUGUGAUGUAUUCUUAGGCUCGUGCUGUCCCUUCUGUUCUUAUCCUGAAAUUUUGGGUGGGGAGAGCCAAAGAGGAGACUGUCAGUGGAAUCCCCUGCUCAGUGCUUUACCCUGGGAAUGUCUUCAGUCUGAACAAACAAUCCUUGGUAGCAGCUGUGAGGCCAGACCAUCCUUGUAUUCCCCCAGUAGUUAGUUUUAUAGUGUUGGUCAGUAGUUUGAAAGCAGUUUUAUAAAACUGCUGUACAAAACUGCCUUGUGAUGAAACUUGGAGGAGUCCAGUUCUCUCAAGACAGAAGUUUUGAAUUAUUGCAGGGCUGGUUCAGCUGCUUUAGACGGUGUGGAGGAGGAACCCCAUUCUGAACAGCAGGUGACUGGAAUGUCUGCUCUGUGCUUAUACUGGCCGCCGUGAAAAGCUGGCGUGUUUUCAGAUCCUCCUCCAGGUUCCUUCAGUCCUUUCGUGAGACCUUGUUCUUAUAACUGAAUUUCUAGGUUCUGCUGAUGUCCUGGGCUUUUCUUGCCUGGACUGGGAAGUGUGCGUGUGAUACUUCAAUAAUUAUUUAGAGAGAAAUGCGUCGGGCAGUGUCUUUGCAGGUGAAUGUUAGCAGAGAAGCCGUAGUUAACAGGUUCGGAUAUUGAGUUGUGCAGUCUGAGGGCUUCGAUUCCCUCCCCACCCUUUCUCCCCGGCAAGAGGAAAGUGGAUGAGCUGUUUCUUAGCUCACUUUAGGUAACAUUAGACAUUCCUUCUGGGGGGCUUCAGAGCUCUUUCUCUCUGACGUGUUCAAAUGUAGCAGUGGUUAGAGGGUAGGGCUGAGUGGUUACGUUAGCCACAGGGUGGCCGAGCGAGGACUUCCGGAGAAAAUCCUUUUCUUUUCCACCCCCAUUCAGCUCCUACUCCAGGGCCUCUUUCCUGCGUGUGGGGCAGGGACCCCACGUGAGAGAAGAUGCGGCAAGCUGGGCUGUAUGCCCCUGGGUCACGCUCAGCACUGUGCUCCUGCUUAAUUUUGGAUGUGAAUCUGGUGAAAAUGUCAAGUACCUGUGGACGUCUCUGAUUCACUAAGCCCCUCUUUGUGAGAGGCAGAAGAAUAUUUUUAAAAAGUAUUUUUAGUUUUAAGUAGCAGAACACAAACUAAUUUUUAUUUAUUGUACACAAGAAAAGUAAUUCUGUUUUUUCAAAAAAUUAAGAGUUGGAAACUCUGGGAAGACUUACUGAGAUACACAAAUGCUUCUCUGUAAUGUGCAAUAUGCUUUGCUACUAUAGAUGAUAUUUUAUGUUUAAUCUGUAAAUAAGAAAUAUUUAAAUUAAAAGGGAGCUUUUUGUAAAGUGACCAAAUGUUCUUUUAUAAAUGUACUAAGGGAUAUCUUGCUCUUUGAAAUUUAUUAGAAUUUUUAUGAACAAUUUUUAUUAAAAGAUUCAUUAUUUUGAGUGGUCAUUGUGUUUCUCCUUUUCAUACUCAUUCCAUGUUACCUGCGGGAUGGGGAAAGACAUUAAGGGAAGCAAGCUAUCUGAAUUAAAUCCUUAUUUUUUUUUUUUGCAGCCGAGCUUCCUUGUGAAAUUCCAUGCCAUUUUCAUCUGUCGCACCCUUCCAUUUAAAUGUCCUUCAUGUGUGGGUGAGACAUUUUUUCUAGGUGUGGCCCAUUGUCAGCUCCCCCUGUGUCCAUGUAUUGUCUCCUGGACACUGACUGCUUAAAUUGUGUUGCCAGUUACCUGAGUGUAUCUGUGUUGUAGAACCGAUUUUUCACAUUGUCCUGAGCAAGGCACUUCAUGCCUCCUAAGCUCUUAGAGGUUAAGAUGGGGCAGUAGCACCCUGCUAGCAGCGUGGGGAGCACUGGCGAGGGGAAAGGUGAGAGGGGAGAUGGUCUCCCCUGUCCUGCCGCCUGAGCCCCGAAGGAGAUCCUGAAGGAGAGUGCUGAUCUUGCGCUGUGGCAUCUUAGAAAAUCCCAGUGUGGGGCCUUAGCCAGUUGUGAUUUGAUUGUUUAAUCCAUUUCCUUUUUAGAAAAAAGUGCAUUUUGCUGCCAACAUUUAUUUUCUGUGAUCAAGAAUUACUUUAUUUGUAAAUGGAAAUACCACUAUUAAAAACAAUGCUAUAAAUGAAA